AUGGCAGCUAAUGCUCCUUUAACGGAAGUAAUCGAUCACUGUGCUUCCUCUCCGUGUAAACAUGAAGGGACUUGUACAUCCGGUUCAUCAACGUUUUCAUGUCAGUGUGCACAUGGCUAUAAAGGAAACAUGUGUGAAGACAUCGAUCAUUGUGCCUGUUCUCCAUGCACAAAUAACGGAACGUGUACUUCCGGUCCAACAACGUUCUCAUGUCAGUGCGCAGAUGGCUUUAUCGGAGACACAUGCAGAGACACCGAUCACUGUGCCUCUUCUCCAUGUAAACAUAACGGAACAUGUAGUUCCGGUCCAACAACGUUCUCAUGUCAGUGUGCAGAUGGCUUUAUCGGAGACACGUGUGGAGACAUCGACCACUGUGCCUCUUCUCCAUGUAACCAUAACGGAACAUGUACUUCCGGUCCAACAACAUUCUCAUGUCAGUGUGCAGAUGGCUUUAUCGGAGACACUUGUAGAGACACCGAUCACUGUGCCUCUUCUCCAUGUAAAUAUAACGGAACGUGUACUUCCGGUCCAACAACGUUUUCAUGUCAGUGUGCAGAUAGCUUUAUAGGAGACACUUGUGAAGGCACCGAUCACUGUGCCUCUUCUCCGUGUAAACAUAACGGAACGUGUACUUCCGGUCCAACAACGUUCUCAUGUCAGUGUGUAGAUGGCUUUAUAGGAGACACGUGUGGAGGGCAGACAACUCUUCCAAAAAGUUUUAAGUGCAAAGAGGUCAGCAUCUAA